AUGGAUAUCAUUCUGGAAUUAUGGGAUACCUUCAUUGGAGACCGUCUUUACUCCACAGUGCUCCCGGCCUCAAUCUCCGCGUCGGUCUCCCUGCCGGCCUUCGCUAAUGCCGCCAACAGCACAAUGGCCCUCUUUGGGUCUCCAGAGCCCUUCGUCUAUGAACAGGCGACUCAGAUGAUGUACCUGGAGCCCUCCAAGUACGCCUACUUGAGUGCCUGGCCGCGGAACAAUAUCUACCGUCAAUUCACCAGCUUCUUCCUGAUCACUUGGUUCUUUGGCCUCUUGGUCUACUUUGUCGUCGCAUCGCUCUCGUACGUCUUUAUCUGGGACAAGACAACCUACCAGCACCCGAAGUUCCUGCGCAACCAGAUCAAGAUGGAGAUCCGACAAGCAAUGGAAGCCAUGCCCCCAAUGGCCCUUCUCACGGCACCUUUCUUCGUGCUCGAGGUUCGCGGAUUCGCAAAACUCUACGACACCACCGCGGAGGAGCCCUUCCCCUACUACAGCCUCAUCCAAUUCCCCUUCUUCAUCUGCUUCACCGAUUUCUUCAUCUACUGGAUUCACCGCGGCCUCCACCACCCGCGCGUCUACAAGACCCUGCACAAGCCGCACCACAAGUGGAUCAUGCCGAGCCCAUACGCCUCGCAUGCCUUCCACCCGCUCGACGGCUGGUCCCAGAGUGUCCCGUACCACGUGUUCCCCUUCGUCUUCCCCUUGCAAAAGGUGGCCUACGUCUUCCUCUUCGGUUUCAUCAAUCUCUGGACGGUCUUUAUUCACGACGGCGAAUACGUCGCGAACAGCCCCGUGGUGAACGGCGCAGCUUGCCACACCAUGCACCACUUGUACUUCAACUACAACUAUGGGCAAUUCACGACCCUCUGGGACCGUCUGGGAGGCAGCUACCGCAAGCCCAACGAAGAACUCUUCCGUCGCGAAACCAAGAUGGGCGACAAGGAGUGGAAGCGCCAGGCCAAGGAGAUGGAGUCCAUCCUCAAGGAUGUCGAGGGUGAGGACGAUCGCAGCUACUCCGCUGAUAAGAAGAAGGACCUUUGA